AGAUUUCUACUAUAUUCUAACCUCAUCAGCUCUGCUGGUUCUGCUGGUUCUGGACGGCAUCUUAUCCCCUGGAAGCAGCCAGAGAAAGAAAACCUGGAGAAAUCCAGAGUGCUGCGACUGGCGGAUUGAAACGGCUCCAUGUUUACCUGCAGCGUUGUCACGGUAACGGCCCAUCAAGAUGUCUCCUCAGAAACGUGCAGAGGUCUCCCAUAAAGACCCGUCUGCUGCCGGACGCAGAGGAGCCAUGAAGACCAAGAAAUGUUUCCAUCUGGCUCUUCUGGUGAUGUUGGUCUGCGACGUUCCACCGACUCCUUCCACGUUCAGCUCCUCGUCCUUCAGAGACUUUCUGGUCUCGUCUCCUCAGGAUGCUGACGGCGCCUCCAGCCAGCGGUAUCCGGCCCAGACGAGCACCGGCCCAAACAGCCUGAAAAUGAAACUGCUUUACCCUCCAACUCCUCUCUGCAGCCAGGGCUUCAGGUUUCACUUCCAGCCUCAGAAUCAGGAGAUUUCCAGGUCUGGGGAGAUUUUCCACACCGCCCUGCAGAUCCUGAAAAAUGCAGCAAAGCAGAAAUAUAACAGGAACUUCACAGCAUCAGAGCUUUUGUCACGGGAAAACCUGGAGCUGCUUGCAGAGUUGUCUCAGUGUCCGACUGAAACGGAUCCAGCCGUCUGUGAAGGAAGUCAUCAUGACAAAUACCGCAGCAUAUCAGGAGUCUGCAACAACAGCCGGUUUCUUCCUUCUGUCAGACAGAAUCCUGACUGGGGCGCCGCCAACACGGCUUUGGUCCGAUGGCUUCCAGCUGAAUAUGAGGACGGAGAGGAGGAACCCAGAGGCUGGGACCCCCAGCGGCUCCAUCACGGAUCCCAGCUUCCCCCGCCGCGGCAUGUCAGCAGGGAGGUGGUGAGGACUUCCUGUAAGGGCUCAGACUCUGCGUACUCCCAGCUGCUGGUGGACUGGGGUCAGUACAUCGACCACGAUGUGACCCUGACGCCGCAGAGCCUCAGCGGAGCCGCUUCCUGGGCGCAGCGGGACUGCCGCACGUCGUGUGGAAACCUGCAUCCCUGCUUCCCCAUCCAGACUCAGGACUCCCUUUGCAUGCCGUUCCAUCGCUCCACGCCGGCCUGCAGCUCCAGGACCGGCUCCGGCAUCCUGCGGGCUCUGCAGCGGCAGCAGCUGAACGCUGUCUCGUCCUUCAUCGACGCCUCUCUGGUGUACGGCCACACGCCGCAGCUGCAGCGCGACCUCCGCGACCUCUCCGGCCGCAGCGGGAAGCUGGCCGUAAACGGCCGCUUCUGGGACCGGCAGGGCAGACCUUACCUGCCCUUCGUAGCGGCGACCCCGUCGGCGUGCGGCCGGGGAGUGGAGUGUUUCCGGGCCGGAGACGGGCGGGUCAACGAGGGCCUGCCUCUGAUCGCUCUGCAUACGCUGUGGCUCCGGGAACACAACCGCCUCGCAGAGACCCUGAAGCUCAUCAACCAGCACUGGAGCCCUGAGGCCGUGUUCCAGGAGGCACGCAAGAUCGUUGGCGCCCUGCACCAGAUAAUAACGAUGAGAGAUUAUAUCCCUAAAGUAAUUGGUGUGGAGUCGUUUGAACAGCACAUUGGACCCUAUGGCGGGUACGAUCCGACGGUGGACGGCUCGGCCUCCAACGUGUUCGCCACAGCGGCCUUCAGGUUUGGCCACGGCACCAUUCCUCCGAUCCUCAGCAGGCUGAACGAGAGCUUUCAGGAAGACCGGCGCUUCCCCCACCUGAGACUUCAGCAGGCACUCUUCAGUCCCUGGAGGAUCGUUAAAGAAGGUGGCAUCGAGCCGACCUUGCGGGGCAUGGUUGCCACGGCGGCAGCGGUGACAGCUCCAGACUCCCUCCUGGUGGAGGAGGUAACGGAGUCGCUGCUGGUUCUGGACUCCCAGCAGAACCUGGAUCUGGCUGCUCUGAACCUGCAGAGAGGGCGGGACCACGGACUGCCGGGAUACAACGACUGGAGGGAUUUCUGUGGACUGAAGCGCAUCGCGACGUUGGACGACCUGGCAGAAGUCGUGAGAGAUCGCAGAGUCGCUGAGAAGAUUCUUCAUUUAUACCAGCAUCCUGACAACAUCGACGUUUGGCUGGGAGGACUGGUGGAAAACUUCCUGCCCGGCUCCAGAACCGGCCCGCUGUUCGCCUGCCUGAUCGGAAAGCAAAUGAAGCUUCUGCGUGACGGAGAUCGGUUUUGGUGGGAAGCGGACGGCGUGUUCACCCGGCAGCAGCGGGAGCAGCUGUGGAAAACUUCUCUGUCUCGGAUCAUUUGUGAGAACUCGGACAUCCAGGAGAUUCCUGCGGAUCCUUUCAGGCUGGCUCGGUACCCGGCCGGCUUCCUUCACUGCAGCGCCGUCCCAGCCCUGAGCCUGGAGGCCUGGAGAGACGAUCCGAGUCUCGGCCUGCGACUGUGUGGCUCUCCGCGGCCCGUAGACAACGGAGAUUUCCUGUUUUCUUCCAGAUCUGGAAAGCUGACGGCUCAGUACGCCUGUUUCCAUGGUUUCCAGCUAGAGGGCGCCACUGAGGCGGUGUGUGAAGGAGGCGUGUGGAGCGCUGACCCGCCUCGCUGCUCAGCUUCUCAGCCCCUGAUGAUGUGAGGAGGGCCGCCGAGCAGCAGGUCAGAGGUCAGCGCCUGGGACUUCCUCACCAAGUCCCUGUUCAGCUCCGCCGUCCUGCAGAACGCUUCGUGUCUCACCUUCCAGAAGCUGAGUCUGUUUUUAGUCUCAGCAGGACCAACUGAACGCUCACUGAAUUCUAAUAUUUCUUGCUAAACAUUAAAAUCUGUCAUAAAUUCUGA